AUGUCCUUCUGGUUUGGAGAUAACGACCCAGAAAAGAGUUUUAUCGAGUACAGGGUGAAGGUUAAUAUCUUCGGGAACAGUCCUUCUCCUUCUGUUGCAAUUUAUGGGCUUAGACAUGCAGCAAGAGAGGCUGAGACAGAGUUUGGAGCAGAUGUUGAAAGGUUCAUAGAAAGGGAUUUCUACGUGGAUGAUGGUUUAAGAUCACUACCAUCUGCAGCAGCUGCAAUUGAUCUUCUCAAGAGGACACAAGCAGCCUUGGCACAUUCCAACCUAAAGCUUCACAAAAUCGCCUCCAACAGUAAAGAGGUUAUGGACGCAUUUUCUUUGGAUCACCAAGCUAGUGAGCUAAGAGACAUUGACCUAGGCAAGGAUGCUGUGCCCGUACAACUCUGUGGUACAGAGACAUAUAUUCCUCAUCGCUAUCACUUUGUGAAUGAGAAUAAAACCUGGAGUGAAGCUCAGACUUACUGCAGACAGAAAUACACUGAUCUCGCCUCCAUCAACAACAUGGAAGAGAUGAUAAAGCUGAAUAACACACUGAAGAUGGAAACUGCAAACCAAGCUUGGAUCGGUCUACAGAUAAGAGACACUGGGAGAUGGCAGUGGUCUCUGGCAGACCAAACUUUCUACAGAGAUGGAGACACUUACAGAAACUGGGGUAGUGGUCAACCAGACAACCAAGGGGGCGAAGAGUACUGUGUUGAGAUGUCGAAGGAUGGGUCAUGGCAUGAUGACAAGUGUGACAAAUUACAAAAUUUUGUGUGUUAUGAAGCAACCAAUAGUAGAUACACAUUGAUUAAUCAGAUGAAGACCUGGCUUGAUGCUCAAACCUACUGCAGAAAGAACUACAUCGACCUGGUCAGUGUGAGGAACCAAACUGAGAACGAGAACAUCAAGAAUGUGAGAGAGAAUUCCCCUAAUGAUUAUGUUUGGAUUGGUCUGUUUAAAGACUCCUGGAAGUGGUCAGAUCAGAGUAAUUCCUCAUUCAGAUACUGGAGCUCUAACAAACCCAGUAAAGAUUUGAAAUGUACUGCAGUCAACGUGUCUGAUCAACUCUACUGGAGUGACGUGGACUGUACAGAAAACCUCCCGUUCAUCUGCCAUGAGAAUAAACUUGUAUUGAUCAAGCAGAAUCUGACCUGGAAAGAAGCUCUGAGAUACUGCAGGAACAAUCAUUAUGACCUGGUCUCAGUGCUCAAUCAGGAGAUGCAGCUCUGGGUGAAGGAAGUGGCUCAAGACGCCUCCACUGAACACGUGUGGCUCGGCCUGCGUUAUGACUGCAUCCAGAGUAUCUGGUUCUGGGUUUUUGGAUCAAUGAUCUGUUACCAGGACUGGGCCCCGGGGAACGGAGCAGGGUUUGAAGACUGUACAAAUGAGGGGAGAACCGGAGCAGUUCAGUCUAGAGGUGGGCAGCAGUGGAUCAGCCUGCCUCAGAGCAACAAACUCAACUUCAUCUGCUUUAACUAUGACGGUUAG